AUGCAGGUUCCAACGCCAAGCCAGGUACCAUACCAGUUCUAUCCAGGUCCUGGCCAUGCUCCACAUAUGGCCCCUGCUCCUGGCACCUACGGUCUCAAAAGACCCCGUGGAGGAUUCCAGAUUCUGGCACCUACUCCCAACCAACCAGCCAUGUACCCUGUGAUGUGGGGUUAUGGCUCACCAAUACCCCUGGUUAGAAGCCAACAAUGGAUUACUUCAAGUGACUUUUAUCCCCAGCCUGCCAUUCAGGUGAUGUACCAGCCGAGUACGCAAGUUUCCGGCACCGAAGUUUCCCAAUAUGGCCGUUCUAGUGCUGAAAGCACCGGUGAUGAGAGCGCCAGUGUUGAAGGCUCCAUCGAUGCCGGCUCUAGUGAUAAAAACUCUAACGAUGAAAGCUCCAGCGAGGAAAGUUCGACUGAUGGUACCUUGACUGAUGGGAUCUACGGUGGUAAAUCAUUUCACCCCGAGAUUCUUCAUCACUUGGCUUCCUUUCAGGGAACGCUUGACAAAAGUCCUCCUGGUCUUGAUAACGUCUCGAGUGAAAUCUCUGGAGAGGCAUUAUCCGGGUCUUCAUCGUCAAAUGAUGAAGUCGAUGGGCUCGAAAAUGAGUCCCAUUGCUGUAAGGGAGGACAGGAAGACUCUUCCGAGAUCUAUGGAUCUUAUACAGCGCCAUACUUUAUUUGUUUAGCCUGUGAGAUUCCGAGGCCAACCAGAUUGGAGGAUUCUGGCAUCUGCAUGUACUGCUUUGAAAAUCCGAUCCAAUAUUGCAUCCAAGGAGGCCACGAGGACGAUCGGGUUUCGUUCAUCGACCCUGAGGGGCGAUUGCAUGAGGUUUGUAAUCGAUGUCGUUCUAACACGAAUCCCAACUAG